AUGUCAUCAUGUAUUCUCCUAUUGGAUGAGACGUUUGACCUUCUACUCGAGCGGGUGCUGCGACCACUCAGCCAUUUAGACGAAUCAAUAAAACAGUUACAAGAUGAGCUUCAGAGGAAUAAUGGUCGAAUAAAACCUAUUUUUGAGAUCAAUGGCUUGCAUUAUGCUGUAAUAAAUCGCGACAACUUGUAUUUCGCUAUGAUUAUGCAAACAAACAACCAUGUUUCACCUCUUAGCGUAUUGAAUUACCUUGAAGAUUUGUACCAAUUAAUCAAGAAGUUCAUUGGCAUGUCACUCAACAAAUUGAAUGUACGAGAUAACUUCCAUUUAAUUUUUGAACUUAUAGAUGAAUCCUCCGACUAUGGUAUAAUCCAGGUUACUAAUUAUAACAUUAUUCAUGAUUUUAUUAAGGUAGAAGUUAUUAAAUCUGUUGAAACCGAGACUCUACCAGCUUCGAGCAGCAAGGCGGGUGAACCAGAAGAUCAAGAUGAAACAUAUAUUAAUAGCCAUAUCCUGCGUACAAUCACGUCAGCGGUUUCUUGGAGACCUAAGGGUAUCAACUACGGGAAAAAUGAGUUCUUCCUUGAUGUUGUCGAGAAAUUGGAGUUCGUUAUGGAUUUGGACCAAGGAAUAGUUAGGGACAAUGCAAUAAAUGGUACAGUUUUCUGUCGGUGCUACUUGUCAGGAAUGCCGCAAUUGAGCAUUGGAUUUAAUAAGUUGAUUCAAAAAAACGUUCAUUUCAUGAAACGAUUAAAGUUCCAUGAAUGCGUUGAUUUAGACACAUUACUCAGCGAUGAUUAUCCUAUAGUAAGGUUUAUUCCACCUGAUGGAGAGUUCGAACUUUGUAGCUACAGGCUCAAUAGACCAAUGCAUGAUGAUCCAGUUAUAAAACUUGAAUCAGCUACUACCACAUUUAAGCCACGGAAGGAUCCCUUAAAACAAGAUAGAGUACUGUUACGUGCCUCCAUAUCAACGCAUUUUAAAUCUCAAGAUAGUACAAAAGAUUUGUGCAUUAAUAUUCCUGUUAAGCAUGUUAUAGAAAAUUGGAACGUUGAUCUUGAACAAACGCCUCUAUUCAAGAGCGAUAUAGGAGAAGCUUUCUUCAACUUAACCGAAGGGUCUUUAGUAUGGAAAAUUCCGCAUUUGAAGGGCGGGCAUGGAGAUAAAACCUACGAGCUAAAAUGCAAAUUUGAGAUAUGGGAUGAAGAGAUCCAUAGAAGACAAAUAGAAGAACUGCAUAACUCUAUGGACCCUCCACCGUUAAGGUCAGGACCCAAACUAGAAAAACUAUGGAAGGAUAUCCACGAGAAGUCCGCCAGUCAGGCAAAGUCAAACGUUCAAGAGAAAAGACAACCUUGUUUGGUGGCAAUGGAAUUUGAGAUUCCAUAUUAUGCGGUCAGCGGGUUGAAGGUGGAGUACCUAAAGAUAGAAGAACCUCAACUCAGUUACCAAUCAUUUCCCUGGGUUAGAUACAAGACUCUCAAUGAUAGGGAAUAUACAUACCAGGUGUCCAUAUAA